AUCCCUCCCGCUCCCCGCGCAUCCCUCCCUCUCCCUCCGCGCUCCCCUCCCGCUCCCCGCGCUCCCCUCGCCCCCGGGCUCCCCGAUGGCCGGUGUGGGCGGCGGCCCCGGCUCGUUCGGGCGCUGCACGCACGCGGUGGUGCGGGCGCUGCCCGAGUCGCUGUGCCGGCAGGCGCUGCGCAGCUCCGCGGGCGCCGAGGUGGAGCUGGCCCGGGCCGAGCGCGAGCACCAGCUCUACGUGGGCGUCCUGCGGGGCAAGCUGGGGCUGCAGGUGCUGGAGCUGCCGGCCGACGAGAGCCUCCCGGACUGCGCCUUCGUCGAGGACGCGGCGGUGGUCUGCGAGGAGACGGCGCUGCUCACCCGGCCCGGCGCGCCCAGCCGCAGGAAGGAGGUUGAAGCCAUGAAGAAAGUACUAGAAAGCCUCAACCUCAACAUAGUAGAGAUGGUAGAUGAAAAUGCAACCUUGGAUGGUGGAGACGUCUUAUUUACAGGCAGAGAAUUUUUUGUGGGUCUUUCCAGACGGACAAAUCAACGCGGUGCAGAAAUUCUGGCUGACACGUUUAAGGAUUACGCUGUCUCCACAGUUCCUGUUCAUGAUGCUUUGCAUCUGAAGAGCUUUUGCAGCAUGGCUGGACCAAACUUGAUUGCCAUCGGAUCAAGUGAAGCUGCACAGAAAGCCCUCAAGACCAUGCAACAGAUGAGUGACCACCGCUACGACAAGCUGACGGUGCCAGACGAUGCCGCCGCAAACUGCAUCUACUUAAACAUUCCCAGCAAAGGCCAUGUCCUGCUGCACCGAGCACCCGAGGAGUACCCGGAGAGUGCGAAGGUAUUUGAAAAACUGAAGGACCACAUGCUGAUCCCAAUAGCCAACACAGAACUGGAGAAGGUGGACGGGUCGCUCACCUGCUGCUCUGUGCUCAUUAACAAGAGUUCAGAAUUAUGAGUUUACAGAGUCCCUCCCUUGUACCUGGCAAUAAUGUUACACACAAGGUAGACGAGUCUGUAUCCACACUUUUAUUGGUUUGAUUGACAAUCUACUGUACCACUGUGCUACUAACCCUUGUUUACAGAUUUUUUGCUUUCAUGUAUUUUUAUGAUGUCCUUGACGAUGGUACUUAAGGUAGACGUGUGGUUUGUCGGGGGGCACAUAAUCCUGAAGUACGUUAGUCCCGUGGGCUAGCGGAAGACAAUGAUAAUGGCUAACCCCUAGCUUUAGUGAUUUAACAUAUCUGUGUGAAAAUUUAAUGAAAAUUUAAUGAAAACCAACUAAUUCUCAGCAUCUCAAGCACCUCUGUUGUCUUUACGCUGUUCCCUUCUCCUGAAUUUUUUUAUCUUGCUUCCUUGCUCUGCAUCUUUUUCACCUUCCUCCAUCUUUCAUCUCUGUUUCUCUUUACUUUCAGCGAUGCGAGGUAUCAGGGGGGACUGAUGAAAAUCCAGUGGGCUCAUGAACUUGGUGUUUUGUGUGGUGAGGAACCUUUCUGGAACAGUGGGCAAUGCUCACUCUCUCAGCCAUAUCCUGUUGCUGUUGUGUCCGGAAUCAAUUUCCGACACCAAGUAGCAACUUUGGACAAAGCUUCCUCCUAUGGAAGCAUCCAAGGGAAGCAUGAAUGACAGCAAACGAGGUAGUAGCAGCGCAGCCACACGAAGUAUAUCCUGCAAGUUCAGGUCCCGGUUUGCUGCUAAUGCCAUGACUUCCAAUUUUGUCAGAAUGGAAGAGAUCUUGAAAGGCCAGAUCCCAGGGAGCACCCGGACCACAAAAAUGAAAGGCCAAGAUGCUUGUGGAAAGGUUAAACCUACAAAAGUAAUCUAAAAUGUGUAUGUGGGAUUAAUUCCAUUUAUUUUUUUCUUAUUUAUUUCAGCCUCUCCUGUUUUUUUCCUCUUUUGGAGGUCACUUACUAGCAAAACUCAAAAGAAUUUGGGUGAUAGGAGUUGAAGGACAGCUAUUCCUGGAGUCUGUGCAUGAAUAAGGGAAACGAUUCUUUCCUGAAAGACUGGCAUUUAUACUUUAUCUGCCCUUGGGGCGAUUUUCCUUGGAACAAUAACCAUCUUAUUUUUUUUAAUUGCAUGAAUAUUUACUGUGGCAUUCGGUUAAAACAAAUAUAUUUGUUGUAGCACAUUCCACAACGCGCUUACCCACUGAGUCACGCUUUUUAUUUCACCGCAGUAAGGCAAAGUGGACCCAAUUGUAUUCACAUGCUUCUUGUUUAAACCAUUUGUAAACUCCGGAUGGAGAAACUCCCAAACAGAGGCAGUAGUGGGAACUCUCCAGAGACUGACGAAUAGUCUGAACAUGUUAGGAGCUUCCUAGACAUCUCCUCUACCUUUCCUGGACAGCUUGUGGCAUGUUGCUACGAUGCAGAAGGAAGCGAGCAGGGGGGCUCAGGCAGUGUGGUCUGCAGGAAAGCAAACAGUGUUUUCUGAACACACACUUGGAUAUUGUUUGGAAACCCGCAUGCUUUUUUUGUGCAGUUGUAAGGGAGGAAGCGUGAGUACUCCGUAGGUAUUCCUCAGCGUAAUUCUUCCCUCAUCUCAGUGGCUAAUGAGGAGGAAACCUCUUGGAAGAGACCAGAAUCCAGCUGAUGCUUUGUAGGCGCACGGUACACUGUGAUGACACAAGGGAGAGAGCAGUGAUGAGCAAAAAUGUACGUGAAAAGAGAGUGUGUCCCAAAGAAGGUCUCGUUUCAAGUGCUGUUUUCUAUGGCCGUGUGCUGUCCCGAAGGGAUCUCUCCUUUGUCUCCUCCAUCCCCAGGCACCAUCGUUUCAGCCUGACCCUGGCUUGAAGGAUGUAACCAUUGCAGUGGGGCAUUUUCCUACCUUCCUUUGGUGCUUUUAUAUGAGCUGAUAAAGCAUCUUGCAUUUUAAAAUGAUAUUAAACAAAAGGUUUGUGCCAAAAAAGUGGCCCUGUAGUAUAUAACUAUGGCCUCCUGGAGGCAAGCUGUACUCUGUUAAAAACCUGUACAGCUGCAGGAGCUGUCGUACAAAGGCAGAACAGACACCUCCUGACCGCUCUGUGCAUUCCCUGGGGUCUGGCCACCAUCCAUGGCCUUCAGUCCCUCUUCCAGAGCAUCCAGCUACACUGGGGCAGCGUUAUGCUGUGAGAUUCCUAUUCAGUUUAUCUCUGAAACCUCUUGACGUGGUUUUUCCUUCCACUCUUUCUCACCUUUCUCCUGUCUUUCUCUUCCUCAGAAUCUCAUUUCUCGUUUAGACACGCUUUUCUCUUUCACCCCCGAGUGAUUUUUCCUUCUGUUGCCUCAGUUCUCCUACUUCAGUCAUCUUUUUCUGCACUCCUCCCUCUUUGGUGUUCACUCCAGAGCAUCCCAACCCCCAGCUGACUGCCCUAAACCCCCUCCCUCCUUGAGUUAGGAACCGGGAGGGAGGAGAAAUCGAGGGGUCUGCUUGGCUCCGAGCAACGUCUCUUGAGCUGGAAGGGUGACUGUCAGCAGGAGCUGUAGAUCCAGAGUGACAGGAGUGACUCCUCCUCUUUAGGGUUACUCCAGAAGAGAGAAACAUUCACAGUGGAUAUUGUUGGUAUCUUGUGUCCCUGUGAACAAUGGAAUAGGUGACAAGGAAUUCCCCUGUCUCCCCAAGGGAAGGAGCAGGGCAGUUGGGAUCACAGAGCUGAGA